GAGGGGCGGUGGCGGUGUCCGACUUUCAAUUGUUUCCGAAAUCGAUCUAGUAUUUUAUAAACAUCAUCGUUUUUAGGGUAAUUUCUUGUUAUAAUGGCCGAAUUGUUACUUGACCCUGAUAUUCGUGUGUGGGUCUUUUUGCCUAUCGUUGUUAUUACCUUCCUUGUUGGUAUAGUUCGACAUUAUGUCUCAAUAUUGCUGGCUACUCAAAAGCGAGCUGAAUUGCAGCAACUUCAAGAUUCGCAGGUAAUGAUACGGGCCCGUUUGCUGCGCGAGAAUGGACAUUACCUACCUCGGUCAUCAUUUAUUAUGCGACGUCAUUUUUUCAACAAUGAAGAAACGGGCUACUUCAAAACACAGAAGAGAGCAGCUGUCUCCCAAAAUCCUAUGACUGACCCAAGCAUGAUGACUGAAAUGUUAAAAGGAAACAUUACAACUGUUUUACCCAUGAUUAUAAUAGGAGGCUGGAUUAACUGGACUUUCUCAGGCUUUGUCACCACUAAAGUUCCCUUUCCUUUAACUCUAAGAUUUAAACCCAUGCUUCAAAGGGGUAUUGAACUUGUUUCUCUAGAUGCAGCUUGGGUCUCCUCUGCGAGUUGGUACUUCUUGAAUGUGUUUGGUCUUAGAAGUAUCUACACUUUAGUGCUUGGCGAAAAUAAUGCUGCUGAUCAAUCACAACAUCUGCAAGAUCAAAUGUCUGGUGCUGCAAUGGCCAUGCCACCAGACCCAAAAGUGGCAUUUAAAGCCGAAUGGGAGGCACUUGAAAUCUGUGAGCAUAGAUGGGCAUUAGAAAAUAUUGAAGGUGUACUAGUAGGCAAUCCAAGUCCUGCUAUUGAACAGGCUAGUUGAUAAUAGGGUGUCAUUAUGUACAUAUGCUGCAUUGACUCAUUCCAUUCUGCAUUUGAGUCUCUAGGAGAAUUUGUGCAUUUCAUGCACCCUGUUAUGCAUUAAAUUAUUUUAUUGUUUUUGGAGGAAUUUUGUAUGCCUAAGGCUUCCAUUGUGAGUUGUGCCUUAUGUAUUAUCAUAUAAGAAUUCCUUUAGUGUGCAAUUGUGUCUAAGUUCUGCUGAAGCAGAUAUGGUUGAUUUGUGUGUUCCUACUGAUUUUCCAAUGUGAAAGCUUUAUUGUAAUACUGUGUUGACUUGUCCUUCUUUAUCUGAUGAAUGGGUGUGAUUUGUUGUGUAGUUUCUGUACACUCUGUCUUCUUGUUACCAUUGGAACCAUAAAGCAUAAUAAAUAUAUUAAUGAUUGAAAA